AUGGCCAACGCAGAGAACAACACGCACUCUUCUUCUUCUUCUGAAAUAUGCGAUCAUCUUCGUCCCUACAAGAAGAGACGCUACGUUUUGCAUGGCUUCACCAACGUUGCCACGUCGAAAAAAUCUGUAUUACAAUUUCAAAAACCCGUACCCAUGUUAAAGAACCCUCGACCAUUGCGUGAUCGUUGCGUUUCUGAUAUUUACGAAUACCUACGUUGGAUCGAGAUAGAUCCUACUAGGGCACCCUCACCUAAUUAUAUUGAGAAAGUUCAGUGCGAUAUUAGUGCUUACACGAGGGCUAUUGUUGUGGGUUGGUUGGUGGAGAAGACCGACAAAUACGAACUUGUUUCGGAUGUGCUCUAUUCUAGUGUUGCUUAUUUGGAUAGGUUUCUAUCCUUCAAUAAUACGCCCAUAGACAAGAUGCUAUUGCUUGGACUUUCUUCCUUGCUUGUUGCUUCAAAAUAUGAAGAUAGGAGGGCACUUACUAUUGAGGACCUUCGUUACAUUGCGGGUUACUCAUGCUCUAAUCAGGAGGUUGUGAACAUGGAAGCUGAUAUAUUGAAGGUUUUGAAGUUUGAAUUGGGUUCUCCUACUGUGAACACAUUCUUAACGAGAUUCGUUACGGUUGGUCAAGAGGAUAUUGAUAAUUCUAGUCUUCAUUUUGAGCCCCUUAGUCGUUACAUUGCUGAACUCAGUUUGUUCGAUUAUCAUUGUCUAAAGUUCUUGCCAUCUUUAGUGGCUGCGUCUGUUGUAUUUCUAACCAGAUUUAUAUUAAGUCCAAACACACAUCCUUGG